AUGCUUUAUGAUACCUACAAAUAUAAAAUCGUUGCUGUAAACCAACUCACACUUGAAGUCUGUGUUUACCAGGAAAACAUUCAUCCCAUGCGGGAUGACCCAAAAAUUGGGCUAGUUUCUUUGCGGCAACACCAUGUCUACAAAGGUUUAACAAUUUUGCUGGCCACUGUGAUGAUCUUUACAACCAUCAUGGACAUCAUUGGGAACAUACUAGUGGUGAUGUCUGUGUUACAAAACAAAAAACUCAGAAAUGCUGGUAAUAUGUUUGUUAUCAGCUUGUCUGCAGCAGAUAUCACUGGUGCUGUUUAUCCAUAUCCUUUGCUUAUCAGAUCCAUCUUACAAAAUCAGUGGCAAUUUGGAGAAACACAAUGCCAGAUUUCAUCUUUCAUUCAUGCUUUGGGUCUCCAUGCUUCUGCGUAUAACAUCAUGGUGAUAGCAAUCAAUCGGUGGUGUUGUAUUUGCCAUGGUAGAAACUAUGGCAAGAUAUUCAGCAUGAAGAAUUCCUUUUAUUACAUACUGCUGAUAUGGAUAAUUAGCCUUAUUUCGCUUUUAGCAACUCACUUCAUGGGAGCUAUACAAUAUAAUCCACAAGUAUACAUGUGCACACUUCUAGUCACUGCAAAUGAAGCAUUAACUGUUGUCCUUUCAGUCUUUCAUUUCAUUUUGCCAGUAACCAUUGUAAUCCUAUGCUAUGUAAAUAUCUGGAUUAUGGUCAUAUGUGUCAAGUACAGAAUAAAAAAAGAUAAUAAGCAAACUAUCAGUUCCACAGACAUGAAGAACUUUUUGACAAUGUUUGCAGUAUUUGUUCUUUUUGCCAUUUGCUGGGCCCCAUUCAGUAUUCCUGCUUUGAUUGUAGUUUUUAGCCCUCCAGGAAAGGCACCAAAUUUUCCUGACUGGUUGUUUGUUAUUGGUUUCUUUACUACAUGUUUCAACAGCUGCCUUAAUGGUAUUGUUUAUGGGGUUUUCAAUAAGAAUUUUCGUCAGGAGUACAAACGUAUACUGUGGUCAUUGUUAACAUUAAUAAUGGGAUUCAAAAAGUGA